AUGAUAAGAUCAUCCAUAUUAAGAAUAGGGAGACGUUGCUUUAGUUCGGAAGCCGUUGUGAUAACGACUCCUAUUUUUUAUGUCAACGCCAAGCCCCAUAUUGGACACUACUACUCAAUGACUCUCGCGGACGUUUACAACAGAUGGCUCAAAUUGAGUGGUGAAUCAACUUUUUUCACGACGGGCACCGACGAGCACGGCCUCAAGGUCCAGACAGCAGCCGCCGUCGCUGGGAUGGAUCCGAAAACCUUUUGUGACGGACUUUCCCAAAAAUUCAGAGAGCUCGCUUCUGUAGGAAAUAUACACUACGAUAGAUUCAUAAGAACCACAGAUCCCGAUCAUUUGGAGGCCGUGCAAUUUUUCUGGAGAACCCUGGAGGAGAAAGGACAUAUAUACAAGGGCAAACAUUGCGGAUGGUAUUCUGUUUCCGACGAGUGCUUUUAUGCAGAGACGGAGAUCGAGGAGGUGGACGGAAAGAUGGUCGCCAAGGAGACAGGCGCAACUGUUGUGCACGAGACAGAGGAAAACUACUUUUUCCGUUUGAGUGAGCACCAGCAGCGACUCGUUCAGUUCCUGGAAGACAACCCGUCUUUUGUGCAACCUCCCGUCUACUACCAUGCGCUGCUUCGUGAUCUUAAGUCACGUGACCUUGAGGACCUGAGCGUCUCGCGUCCUAGUUCCCGCGUGAGUUGGGGGGUCAGCGUGCCCAAUGACCCGUCUCAGAAGAUGUACGUUUGGUUUGAUGCUCUGGUCAACUAUUUGACCUGCAUUGGGUAUCCUUCUCAGAUACCUCAGCAACCAUCGUUUGUGCAUCUGGUUGGAAAAGAGAUCGUCAAGUUCCACUGUAUCCACUGGCCAAGCUUUCUGAUGGCCUGCGAGCUUCCGCUCCCGCGUGGUGUUUUUGUCCACGGCCAUUGGCUGAUGGAUGGGCGCAAGAUGAGCAAAAGCCGGGGCAAUGUUGCCGAUCCGUUGGAGAUUUCCGAAAAGUACGACACUGAUGCACUGCGUCUCUUUAUGAUGCGCUAUUCUGUGCUGGACUCCGACUGCGAUUAUUCUGAGAGAAAGCUGAAUGCCACGAGAAACGAGUUCAUUGACAAGUUCUGCAACCUGCUGACGCGGUCACUGUCCAAGAAAUUCAGCAUUUCUCGGGCCCUAGCGAAGGUCGAGACUCGCGGACUUGCGAGUCUGCUUGACGACGCUGGGGAGGAAUUGUCGUCUGAUCUGCGGUCUCUUUUUGAGCAGGUGGACGAGCUGCCGGCUACUAUCGAUCCGCAUUUGAGAAAAAUGGAACUGCACAAGGCAGUCCUUGCCAUCUGGCAAUUACUGCCUCGCAUUAAUGGACUCUUUGACCAAUACGAGCCGUGGAGACUGAAAGGGCCUGACAACGAGCUCCUGCAGGACCUUGUGAUUUUCAGUGCGCUUGAUUCGCUGCGCUGUCUGUUGAUCCUGUUGCAACCUGUUGUUCCUGACUACACCAAGAUGCUGCUUGAUAAAUUACAGGUCGAGCCUUCGAAGAGAACUUUAGACAUGGCAGGCAUUGCAAGAGACACCAGCUAUGCCAAGUCUGCUACUUUUUCAAAAGGAGAGAAGGUCCCGUUGCAAAAAAUCAAAUUAGACUAAACGGCUAUCUUUAUGGCCUCGCAUUGGAGGCUGUCCAGAUCCAGCACUGCCAUCUGGCCUGUCUCGCAGAAAUCCGGCACCGCGACGAUCCGCACGUGUAUUGGGGCGUCUCUGGCGCAGUGCAGUGUCAUCUCGGCGGUCUCGAACUUCGGCUGGUUGCCAACAAAGUAUACAUGGGGAGUUUCGUCCAAGGUGAACGGGUCGUCGACGUCGUACGGGUAGCAUGUGAGCGUGUCUGGCGCUGUAGGGACGACGUUCUGCCAGUGCAUUGUUGCUUCCAGAAGCUUUAGUCUGGACUCGUUGACGAUUUCGUUCCUGACCGGCGAGUCCAUGCCGCUGCCCUCUCCGUUGAGGUCCACCUGUAUGUUAGGAAUAAAAUACUUGAACAUAUCGUUGAUGUUUUCUCCCGACGUGCCAAGCAUUCGCACGCCGUCAAUUUCCAGCCACGUAGGAUUAGUUGAGCGCGCAAAAUUGGCAUACGAGCCGGCUUUUGCGAAAAACGACGGGUGCAGAGGCUGUUUCGGAAGACUCACCUCGCAGGGGUCGGAGUCGCCCGGCAUGAUGGUCACGGGGACGGAGUGCAGCAGCUCGCAGAUGUAGGCGUCCAGCUGCUUGAUUGCGUCCGCGUCGUAGUUGGACUUGUUGAGCUCUCUGUAUUUAUCUUUCUCCAGAACCACCUGAUCGGCCGACUCGACGCAUCUGAUCGAGUUUCCCGCCACAAUGACUUGUGUGAUCGAUCUUAGAAAUUCUACCGUCUCGGGAGACGAGUCCAACUCUCCCAUGAGGUACUCCUUGAGCACUUCGAGCGGACCCAGACUGCUCUGGUUGUUAAUAUGAAGCCCAGAAAGAAGCAGCACUUUAUUGCCCUCAGGGCGCAUGGGACGCGGCACUUGGGGCCCAGGCUCCGGGUACACCACGUCCACCACGACGAAAAUGCCAGCCUCAAUUUCCAUGCCCAGAACACCAAUCACUGCCCCGGUGACGAGCAGUAUUUUAUCGAGGAUCUCGCCGUCCAGAACCAUCCGUCCAGACUCGUCUUCUAGCAUCACCUGGUCGUUCUGCGGAUCUGAGUACGCGGAGGCUCGGAGCUGGUCCAGUUUGCUGAGCUCCGCAGACUCUUGCACGUCGUUUGCCCCAUACAUGUUGUGGCUCACCUCCUCGAGGAUG